AAAAAGAAUAAACAUAAAAGCGCUGCUCCUACUCCUACUUUCUCCUUCAUCCAAUAUUGUAACGUUAACCUCUCUCUCUCUCUCUCUCUGAAAUUGGUGAGAGACUUGCAAUGGAACCCAAUCUCUCUGCAAUGGCUGCUAAUCCCUCCGAUGAGGGAAAACCUUACAUUCACGGAAUUUCUGAUGGAAUACCUGCUAGCUGUCCAAGUGUUAAGUUACUAAAGUCAGCGUUUGAUGAGGUCGACCAGCAUUGCUCUCUAGAUAUUUUGCCAAUUCUUUUUGAGGAGGCUCAGCUUCCAGCAAAGUUAAAAUAUCCCUUUCACAGAUCACAUGCCCCAGAUGUAUUUAACAUGUCAAUGCUGCCCAAGGAAGACAAUAGGCCACAAUGGGGUUCCCUAUUGGCCUUGUUGAGCUUCCUAAAAGUUUCUAAUCCAUUUAAAAGUCAGAUGUGCAUGGAUGCACAAUUGACUUGUCAGAACUGCGAUGAAUUACAACAAAACAAUGGAGAUGCUCAUCCCCCAUUCAUCAUGGAGAUAGCUAUUGAGAAGGAAUAUAAUCAAGCACCAGAAUCUGAAGAGGAAGCUGUCGAAAGUUUGAAAAGUGGUGGAGAACUUAGGGUGUUGCAGAGACAGAUGAGCCCAAAAGUAGGUGGGAAACUCAUGCAACUACUAUUCGACCAUGGCACUUCCAAAGCAAAUUAUGGCAAAAAGAAUGAGAUAUUCUACUGGCGGGCAAGCUAUAACAGAGGUUUGACAAUUUUUGCUACUUGAACCUAAUGGCUCAAAAACUCAUCAUAACAUCCAUGUUUUGUACCAAGUUUGCAGACCGGCCUCUCUGUAGGUUCCAAAGAUAUUGUGUACUUCUGUUAUCCCAGUUGAAGUUGGUAGGAAUCAGGAACAAGCUCAAUCCUGAGUGACUUUAAGUUGUACUCAUUCUCCAUGAUAAAAGCAUGCAUUGAUCUUUAGAAAUGUUUGAUCUGAAAUUAAAAGAUAAAAAUAUCAGCAGCAUUGUAAAUCAUUCAAAUCAUGUGACACGAUUCUUGCUACCUGAAGUUUAAACCUUUGUUUCAGGGUUUCCUGUGCAAGAUUUAUACUGCAUGUCAUAUUAUUUUCUCGGUUUCUCUAGCACUACUUGGAAGCAUCUGUUAUAUCGAACUAAGAGCUGCAUAAUGCAUAUGUUUGAUUUGUCCUAUUUAUCAUUCACUAAUAUCAUUAAACUUGUCUACAG